UUUUUGCACAGUUUGGGAAGUGCCCGAAAAGAAGAGGCUCGGAGCGUUUGGCAGCAGAGAGAGAGAGAGAGAGAGAGAGGGAUGGGUUUUGUGUGCUACUACUUGUUCAAUUCUUCUCUUCCCACUGUGUAGCCCAGUUGGUAUGGUCCUUUUGUUUCACCAUCUCAUUCUCCUCCUCUUUUAACUUCCAAGCCUUGCUGUUUUCCACCAUCAUUCUCUGAUCUGCCUCUACUCAAUUAUUUCUCUCCAACCCACCCACCCAUUUUCUUCAACUGUUUGUUUGUCAGGUUUUUUUUUUCUGCUGCCAUUGAUUUUUAGUUUGUUUGAAGUAGUCGUAGUCGUAGUGGUCCACCCUGUUUGGUCUUUGAUUGGUCUAGAUUCUUUUUUGGGGUCUUUAUUGUUUGCUUGAUUUAACAUCCCCCUUUUGAAGCUCCCAGCACCAAGUGAGUGAAGCUCGAUUAUAUGUUCAUGAUGUGAGUGUGAGAUGUGAUGCUCAUUAUUAUUUCUUUUUUACCACAAAUAAAGCAAAUUUCCACAGUAAACCCCUCUCUUUUCCCUUCAAUACUCACUUCUUCUCUUUCUCGUUGCACUGAUCUUAGAGGGGUUUGUGUUCUUGGUUUCCUCCCCUUUCUCUCUCUCUCUGCCUUGCAUUUUUGUGUGUUUUUCUCAAUAGGGGUUUCGAAAAUGCCGAUGUUUCAGCCUUGUCGGAAGGACUUGGUUGCCGGGUACGAGGGUGGUGGCGACGGCCAGAUUCUAGAUCUGGACACCGCCGUGAAAGACGGCGUUUUGGGCGGCGUGGAGGGCGGCGUCCUGGGAGGUGGGGUUGGUGAGAAGGUGGAUCUGGGGAAGAUGAUUGAGGAGCUUGAGUUAUGUGAAGUGCCGAGUGUGUUCAUUUGCCCAAUCUCAUUGGAACCAAUGCAAGACCCUGUUACCCUCUGCACAGGCCAAACCUACGAGAGGUCCAACAUUCUUAAAUGGUUCAACUUGGGACACUUCACCUGCCCCACCACGAUGCAGGAGCUCUGGGAUGAUUCCGUCACUCCAAACACCACCCUUUACAGGCUCAUACACAUGUGGUUCUCGCAGAAGUACUUGCUCAUGAAGAAGAGGUCAGAGGAUGUUCAAGGAAGGGCUUCUGAACUUCUUGAGACACUGAAGAAGGUGAAGAGUCAGGCUCGGGUUCAGGCCCUCAAGGAGCUUCACCAAUUAGUGGCUUCCCAUGCCACUGCACGCAAGACUGUCAUUGAUGAAGGUGGAGUUUCUGUUGUAUCUUCUUUGCUUGGUCCUUUUACUUCCCAUGCUGUUGGCUCUGAGGUUAUUGGUAUUCUUGUGACUUUGACACUUGAUUCGGAAUCUAGGAAGAAUCUCUUGCAGCCUGCCAAGGUUUCCUUAAUGGUGGACAUCUUGAAUGAGGGUUCCAUUGAGACGAAGAUCAAUUGCACGCGGUUGAUUGAAUCGUUGAUUGAGGAGAAGGAUUUUCGAUCCGAGGUUAUCUUGAGCCAUAGCCUCUUGGUUGGGUUGAUGAGGCUUGUUAAGGAUAAGAGGCACAACAAUGGAGUGUGUCCUGGGCUGAGUCUCCUCAGAACAAUUUGUUUGCAUAAGGAAGUUAGGAAUUUGCUUGUGAGCAUUGGGGCUGUUUCUCAGUUGGUUGAAUUGUUGUCUGGCAUGGAGCCUGAUUGUUUGGAAUUGGCCCUUUGUGUUUUGGAUGCGUUGGCUUCGGUCCCUGAAGGUAGAGUGGCUUUGAAGGAUUGCUCUAACACCAUACCCAUCAUGGUGAAACUGUUGAUGAGGAUCUCAGAAAACUGCACUCAGUAUGCUUUGUCAAUUCUAUGGUCUGUGUGUAAGCUUUCACCUGAAGAGUGCUCGUCGAUUGCGGUUGAUGCAGGGCUUGCUGCGAAACUCCUACUCGUGAUUCAGAGUGGUUGCAAUCCUAUAUUGAAACAGCAGUCUGCUGAGCUUUUGAAGCUGUGUAGUUUAAAUUAUUCAGAUACUAUCUUUCUUUCCAAGUGCAAGCUUACCAGAACCAUCCAAUGAUCAUGGACUAUAUCAAUCUGGUGGUGCCAACAAUUUGUAAAUUUGUGGGGCAAGAGUAGUAAAGAUCAGUUGCAUCUCAAGACCACCGAACUCUAAUAAACCCCAAGACAAUGAUCAUGGGGUUGAGGUGCAAGUCUCUCUCCUGUAUAUACCUUUAGUAUUUUGAUUCCAACAAUUGAUUUGAAUGAAGAAGAAUCAUAAUGUGGACAUUGACACACCCUUGCUUUCAGUGCGGUCUACUUCUGCGGGUUACUUUUUGUCCAAUAUUUAUUUUCAAUAAGCCCCAUUAAGAAGAUACUGAAAUUUUUUAUACUGCUUUGGGGUUAUUAUAUAUGGAUGUAGAAAUCAUGCUGUUGUUGGAUAAAAGAUACUUCUUAGGAGUGAUCACACUGCGAUGAUGGAGGAGCAUGCAAUUUCAAUUGUAAUUGUUGAGGAGUUGCUCUGCUCCGUGCCUUUUUUGUUGUAUCUUCUUCCCCUCUGGAUCUUUUAGAGGCCUCCAAUUUUUCAUUAAAAAAUACUGGGAAUUUUGCUUUUUGAUCUCAAACGGGUAGAGAGACUGGAGAGCCUGUGACCGUCAAUUUUUAUGUGUACAAUGGAAGCAAUUUUUCAUGUUAAUUCUGCAGUUCAAUUCAACUUCUAAUUUUGUGA